CGUGAUCAACGCAUGACGAGUUUCUUGAACAAGUGGAUAAUUAAUAUGGAUUGAAACUCGCUUUUUUUAUUUAAAACUUUGCUUCCAUCUUUAAACCCAAUGAAAUGGAGUAUGUGGCUUAGAUAAACACGCCAAUUUUACAUCUUUUUGGCAAGAUUUGACCAAGAUUGAUCCAGACAUCCUGACGUACGUAAGUGUGAAAAUAAAUAUUCAAUUUCAUGAUAUCAAUAUAGUUUGAUAUAAAAUUUAUUUUGUUGCUUUGUCGUAGGAAAAUUGAGACAUUUACAGGGAAUAUCAACAGGUAGCUUUGUUCUCGUUAGAAAUCGUACCGGGAAUGAACCAAGGCAACGAAAGCAUUGAGAUCUCUAGCCCUCGUAUUCGUUUGAAGAAGAACAGAAUACCAUUGGGCAUAAAGUUUCUGUUAUGGAUUCAAAAGGAUCGAGAUAAAUUGUAAGUAGAUUGCCAAGUUGGAUCAAAAAUAAUUUUUAAUACAGGAAAAUAUUCUUAAAUUACUAUUAAAAAAAUAAAAAAUCGAAUUUUAUCAGUAUUUAAUUUAAAGAUAUAUUUUGAAUGUUGUAGUUUCAAAUAUUAUUUCAAUAUUAUUGGUGUAUCACUGUAACUUCAUGGCUAUUCAUAGCCCUUUAUUUAUAUAUAAUAUUAUGUAUGAAAUACAGAGUGAAAAAAUGUAUCAUAGAAAUACUCAAUGGUUGUUUGAUUGUAAUGUCAUACUAUAUCUGUAAACAAAGCUUAUCUAUAUAAUUGCAAUAUGCCAGCCCAUGGCAAAGGUCAACAAAGGCUGUACAUGAUAUCGGAUCUGGAAUUUGUGUGUCUAAAUUUCCGAAUUUAGUGUUUGAUUGUAGGGGUUAAAAACAGGGUGUCCACAGGCGUUGAAAAUCCUGGAAAGUUCUUGAAUUGGAAAAAAAUUCCAGAACUGGAAAGUCCUUGAAAAUCAGUGGAAGUCCUUGAACGUCCUGGAAUUAAUUUCCUUAACCUCCAGCUGUGCCAACAUUGGUGAUUUUGAUUAAAAUAACUGAAUAAAAUGAAUUAUUAUAUGGCUUUUCAAAAUUCUCUAUUCUGAUUGGUUGACAAGUGGUCUGUAAAAACCCAUAUCCGGACCGUGGUCCGUAUUUUCCAUAUCUGGACUGGUGUCCCAGAUGUUGUUUAUCUGUCGGGAAAUUUUUGCUUUGCAAACAGAAAAAUGUUUUGCUUUUUAAUUUUCCAACUGUGUGUCAUUAAAAUUUACAGAUAAAAAAUUCAAACAACCAAAUUGUUUUUGAUUGAGAAUGCAUGCCUACUGUAUAUUGUUACCCAGUGAAACUGACGAUAGCCGAUUUAAUUUGUGCGAAAAGCAUAUGCUUGCAAACUCAGUUCAGCCGUAUAAUAAACUGAUUAUUGACCUCGCUUGUUCGGUCUGUACUGUGAAAUAUCAGACCUCUGUUUCUUGCAUGGACUUCGCUCCUUCGUCACUCGGUCCAUACUAAAAAACCUUGGUCUGAUAUUUCACAGAACAGACCUCACGCUCGGUCAAUAAGCCGUUAUUAUUUGCUGGGCAAAUCUGUGCUAUCAGUAUAUUCUAGGUCCUUGAAUAUACUGAUAAAGGGCCAUGAAAGUCUUGGAAAAGUCCUCGAAUUUCACCUUCACCAAAUUACGGUGGACACCUUGUGAAAAUGCUUCUGAAAUGCUCUAUGUGGUUGUAGAUCCAAUAACUAAUUAGUUUGCAUAUGUUUCAUUAAAGAUGAGCCUUACUUAUUUUCUCUAACAAAGCCCAGUGAAAUAUUCAAAAUCUUAUUGUUGUUGAACACAUUAUUCUGAACAUGUGUAGUGCUUCUUUGUCAGCAGCUAAAGUAUCUUACUGGGCUAGCCCGCUUGUAAGUGUUAAUUUAUAUGGAGAGAUUUUCAUUGCAGUAAGCGAGAUCUCUGCAACUGGGCCAGCCUGCUUGUCCAUAUACUGUAAACGAUCAGUAAUUUUCAGUAUAAAAAUAACUGCACAGUCACAGUGAGAUCUCGCUUACCGGGCUGUCUCACCAAGUGGGCUAGCCUGACUUGCAUAUAAACAACACCCCUAAAAGCUUGCAGAGUAUAUUAUUUUAUUUAAUGUUAAUUGCCUUGUUUCUAGAUACCGUGCUCAUAUUUUUGUUAUUACAUUCAUUGCUUACGCAUCAUACCAUCUGUCAAGAAAACCAAUCUCAGUUGUCAAGGUUAGAAUUGUUUAAAUUUCUGUAUUCCGUUUUAAAACAACAUUCUUUCACCAAUGUCUUUCUGUUAAUAUGAUAUUAUUUUCAGGGCCGCCGUCAAGUUGUAUAGGACCUGAGUGGGGCAAAACAUUUCCAGGGCACCUUAUAACAUCAUAAAUUGUAAAAUCACUAUGGGAGAAACAGGUCAACUGUUAGGCUGCUGGCUGUUUGAAGUUAGGACAAUUUCUUAUUUGACAGUGCAUUAAAAUUGAAGCAUGUAAUAGCUAAAACAUUUUGUCAAAAGCUUUGGAAACCUGUAGAUUUGAACUUACCUUCAAAUGCAAUUUGAAAUUGGUUUAAUGUGACUAGCGAUCUCAACUGCAAACGUCAAUUUUAACAUUACUGCUGAUUCUGUACUGACAUACUCUGAGCUGAUUUAUGAAGGACGCGGCUCAACCUGAUUGAGUCCAAGGAUUUUUAAGGGCACCUCUGGCAGUGACCUUAUGAUUCAUGUACAAUGAUCAUGGAGAACAGCUGGAAGCGUGUGGUUGGGUACCGAGGACAGCUGGAAGGGUGAGUUUGGGGCUUAUCCCAGCCCACCCUGUCAACAUUUCCUAUGGGAGGAAACCGGAGUAAGUCUUGACUGACUCUUUAUGAGUCCGCAGUGAGAAUCGAACCUACGGUCUCAGAGGAUGAAAGGCACAUCAUGUACUAUAUGCUCUGACGACUUUUAAUAAUGCUGUAUCAAUCCUGUUAUAAUUAUCAUUAAUACUGUACCAACUAUCCUCUGUUAUUGAAUUUUAGGACACUUUAAAUGCAAACUGUACAGUGAAUUCCACCUGUCAUGCCUGGGCACCAUUUGGUGAGUUACUCUAAAUUGUUGUAUAUUACUAGUUAAUUAUUCACUGUUAAAACAUGGGCGGAUUUACUGGGGG